ACAUUUCAAUAAUUAAAUCAAGACCGCAAUUUUAGGUCUGGACUUUCGAUUUCGUGGGUGCUGAUUCGCCAAGCAAGGAGAAUGGGUUAAUGGAUCAGUAAUUUUAAAAUUAUCAUCUUGACAUAUGCUGUAUGGUACUCUGAAGGAAUUUCUCCUAGCGUUUAUCAUUUUUGUUGAAGUUAUUAUCUACGCAUUGAAUUUGAAAGUUACUCACAAUACAUCAAUCCCUGUUACACUGGAGGCUAAGAAUCUACGAGUCUUAUAUCGUCUUUAUCAACCUGAAAAUCUUGAGUAUGUGUACGUUGCGAGUGUGAAUUCAAUUAGACAGUACAAGGUCGACGGAUUGCAACUGGUGACAGAACGUAUUACGGGUCCACACAAUUUUUCCAUUUACUGUUUAUCGGACGGAGAUAAUUGCGAACAGUGUUCGCAUGUAGAUAGGUCAUCAUUACCUUUCGAUUAUGGAUCUGAUUUCUGUCUCCCUCAUCCAACUAAUAACUAUGUCAAGUCCUGGGGUACUUCGAGUUCUCCAGGCCCUGAGAUAUACAACUUCAACUACUCCGAAUGGGAUUAUGAAUCUCAGUCUGUGAAUGAUGAUCGAAUAACUUUCGAAGAUAGUUUGUAUGUAUGUCAUAAUGUUUAUCAUGGAUAUUGUGAAAGACUCAGCCUACUGAACGUCAGUCAAGAAGCCCCAUGGUCUGCCAGUACAAGACAUCCUUUGUUAGACAAGAAAGACGAAAUUCCGAAGAAAAUACCGGUCGUUGGAUCGCUCCCUUAUACUCAUUCUGUGCUUGUAGUCGGUUCAGAGUACAUCUACGUAGGUACAGAACCUGACAGACUUCAAGAAUACACCCUCAUCAUCUAUGAUCCACUAACAGUGCGUUUAAAGAAUUUUCAUUUGUGCAGCACUCAACCGAGUAUGGAAAGCAGGGCACAACUAUCCACAAAUCCGAAUCUACGAAUACAGUAUAAGUCAGCUUUCCGUUACAGACCGCGACCAACUAAUUUGGAAUUUCAAGACCAACUUUUCAGACCUGCUUAUAUAUAUUUUGUUCUCCAGCAACCUGAAAGUCCUACGUUUUUGCGAUGGCAGUCACGCAUUGCUCGAGUUUGUGAUGGAGAUAAGUUUAUCUCAUUAUACGUUGAGCUCAACAUCGCCUGUUUUCAAUGUAGAACGUUUGAAGAAGACGAAAAGAUGUUCAAUGCAUUACAUCUUUCUUCACGUGGGACUGUUGGCAAACAGCUAGCUAGUGAAUUAUUGCUAAACUUUCAGACAAAGAAUUAUGAUGUUUCACAUCCGAGAGUUUACAGUGAUUGUUCCGACGUUCUUCUGGUUGCAUUCGCUUCACAGCCUGUUGAUCCAGUACGCUAUUGGUCCUUUAGGAACUUUAAUCCAGAAACCGACCUACCAAACGGACAGUAUGGUUUCGAUAGAUCAAAUGAACCUGGAUCGAUUCUAUUGGCUGGCUCUGCUAUUUCCUUAUUUUCUAUGGCAGAGAUUAAUGCAAAAUUUGAUCGUGUCAUAAUGGAUUGCUUAAAUGGAGAUGGUAUGCGCGGUCCAUCACAUUUUAUGCAUUCAACAAGUCAUGACAAGUCCAGAUGUGUGAAUGAUGAACAUGCUAAAAAUUUUAUUUAUGAUUGUCCAAGUGGACGUCAGCUUAAUCAAUUUAUUACUGGUCAUGGUCCAGAUGAUGAUCUUUGGGCUCCACCAUUAAUGUAUUUUGAAUCCAAUAUUACUGGUAUGGCUAUAACGGUUGUGUCGAAUGAUUUCACAGUAGCAAUAUUCACAACAGAUGACGGUUAUCUACACAAAUAUGAACUUCUUACUCUUGAUCAAGUUCGUUUGUUGGGAUCAUUACAAUUGGUUCCAGAUGGUAAGGCAAUAACAAGCUUGGCUUUAGACCAUACUGGUACAGUGGCUUUUGUGACGUCAUUUCAAAAGGUUUUUCGCGUUGAAUUAUUUAACUGUUCUGCAUAUUUAACAUGUGAGUCGUGUUUAAAAGCUCAUGAUCCGUAUUGUGGUUGGUGUGUAGCAGAAGGUCGUUGCUUAUUGUUUCAUCAGUGUCCAUCAGUAGAACAUUUUAGCAGUAUGUCUCAUGGUCCAGACAAGAAACGAUCUUUUAACGGAUAUUCUGGUAACGAAUUUUCUAGCUCACAUCCAAUUGUUUGGUUACACUACAAUAUUUCAACUAAUAAGUGUCCAAUAAUCAUGCAGGUCAGUCCUCCUGGCAUACAAGUGAGUAAAAACGUCGUGGAAACCAACAAAGAUGUCGAAUUCAAUGAUGACAGUUAUUACCAUCAACAAAAUAUCAUUUUAAGUUUGGAUAAAUUACUUCAAGACAAUCUCCCGAAUUCCAAUUUUCCGGAUGCACUUUUCUUUAAAAAACAGCCUCAUCAAAUGCAUUAUUUCGGUGAUUUGUAUCAUCCCUUAAGAAGUGGUGGUGGUAGUACUAUUGGUACUCCGUUGUUUUGUAGUUUUCGAGAAGCGCCACCAUCAUUUCAUCAACUUGAACCAUUGGUUUCUGGAACGAUUUCAAGUUUUGAUUUUAAUAAAAUUUUAGUUGGUGUCACACGUACACCACUUAUAGCAAGAACUGCUGCCAAGUUAUCCUAUAAUUCUGGAAAACCUGUGGAAGCACACUGUUUGUCACCGGCACCUUCACAACUACCUCUUCUCAAGGAUGGUGAAGCUUCGUUACCAAUUAUACUAUGGUUAGAAAAAGUGAGCAUGAUUGAUCCUAAUAAUGAAAUUAUCGGUGCACUUGCGCCUACAAUAUUCUCCAUUUAUGAUUGUUCUCAGCUUAGAGAUUGUCAAUCAUGUACAGGAAGCCGAUUUGUAUGUGUUUGGUGUAUAUUUGAAGAUCGGUGUGUUUCAGGUUCUUCAACAUUAUUUUGGGAUGGAGAGGUGAUGGACACUGUAUGUAAAGAUUCUACACAUACUACUAACUCCAAAUCUUAUGAACAAAUAAAUUCUCCUUUUGGAAUUAUUCCUGCUGGUCGUGCUGAAGACUGUCCCAGAUUCAAAGGCUCAUCUCAACCGAUUACACUAACUAGUGGUUCACCUCUUGUCAUUCGUUUCCAUGUGUUAAAUGUUCAGCAGGUUGUUGGAUUUAGUUGCUCAGAAAACUGUACAAACCAGUAUGUUCGCGGUUCUUACAAUGCAUCUGACUCAACAGUGUUCUGUCACAUAGAAAUGAUCAAUUUGACAGCAAAAUUUAAUACCCGUUCACCUAACAGUCUAAUCUCAGAUUCUCGUGGUGCUGCUGUAAAUUGUGGUUUGGAUCUUUAUUGGCAUGGGUCAAAUGACCGUGACAGUAAGGGUCACCGUAUGGUUAAUGAAGAUCAAAUUCAUGCUGAAGUUUACGCCUGCGAAUGGUUAGCUGAAUAUUGUGAUGAAUGUUUGCUUUUACCUGCUCGAUUUGGUUGCACUUGGUGUGUCCCUUCUCAUGAAAACCUGCCUGUUUAUGAUUUUGGCAGUCAUAGUUUGAAAAAGGCAGGUGACUGCCGUACUCGAAAGUCAUGUCUUGAAAACAGAUAUUUUAAUGGAACUACUACUUUACGUCAGUAUCCUCUACGACCUGGUGAUAUUUGUCCAAAUCCUGAAAUUUUGUCGCUUACACCUGCCAACGCCACUUUAACUGGCCAACCAAUACUUACUAUUUCUGGUAGAAACCUGGGUCGUAGUGUGUCAGACAUCAUAGAUAUGUUUUUGGACAUCCAACCAAAAAUUCGAUGCCUCAUUCUGCCGGAAACUUAUCAACGAUCGCAUAAAUUUAUGUGCAGGCUGGCUGCAGCACCUAAUUUAUCACUUCCUGUUUCUAGUAAACUAAAGGUAGUGAUAAGUAGCGAAAGAUAUGAAGCAUCCUCUCCUGUUUUUCGCUUCUUAGCGCCCCAUUUAGUUCACGCUACACCUCAACGGGGGCCUAAGGCUGGUGGUACUCGGUUAUAUUUAUCUGGUACCAAUUUGAAUACUGGUAGCAAUCGUUCUGUUUAUUUAUACCUUCCUGCAAAAAGUGGCGUUAACGGUGAAUCCGAUCUAAAUAGAUUACCAGCAUCAAGAGUCCAAGUAAAAUGUGAGAUCGAGCAGGAAUGUCAGACAUUAAUUAUUUGCUUGACUGGUUCAUUACCAGAAGAAGUAAUAAAUUCAAUAUUAAGAAAACAAUCAAAAAGACAUAUAACAUCUAUGAAUGUAGAUCAUGACAAAUUAUUUUCCGAGGAUGAACAUAUUCCAUUAUCAUUGGUAAUGAUGCAUGAUCUAACGCCAACAUAUUUACCACAUUCAUUUUCAUUUAUUUAUUCACCUAAUCCUACUAUACAUGAAGUUCAACGAAAAAAUGUUUUAGCCAGCGGUGGAACCACUCUUUAUGUUCUUGGCUCUUUCCUCUUUGUUGUUAAUGAUCCAAGGCUAGUCUUCUACUUUAAUGGCUCUGAAUACAGCAUAAGCUGCUCUACCUCUCCAGGUGGAUAUCUUGAAUGUUUGAGUCCAUCUCUUGUUAUGUCAAGUGAUGUUUCUGUAUCAGAUGCAAUUGUUAAGAGUGUAUAUAUACAUGAAGGACUCGAUAAUUCUGCAGUAUCUAAUACUAGUUCUUGGAUAAAUCAAAAACAAGCUACUACAUCACAUUUACCUAUAUCUGAGUCAGUGAUGCAGUCUGAGUUUAAGUUGAAACCUGAUGUUUAUUACGCUGCUUUUUCAUCAAGUGGAUCUAUAUGGCCUAUUCAUGUUCCGUAUGGUUUUAUUAUGGAUGGGGUACGCAAUCUUCGAGUUUUCGGUCUCAUAAAAGUACAUCAGGAUCCCGUUGUUGUUCCAUUUGCUGAUGGUAUACGCAUAGAAAAUCUUGAUGACUAUUUAACCAGUGACUCGGAAAGUGAAACGAAUAAUUAUGGCCAUAAACGCCAAAGAUCUAGUCAACUUUUAAAAUCUGAAUGUAAGACAUCUUCGUCAAGGAAUUCUGACAAUUUAUCUAGUCAGUUAGACUAUUCCAAUGUCAAACAGUUAAUUCGAAUUCUUGGUCAGUUUGAUGCUCUUCUGCAUGCACCCGAAUUGUCUAAACCUGAUGAACUGGUUGUUAGGAUCGGAGAUUCGUUGAUUUGCGAAGUAAAUUCCAUUAUGCUCACAGAAAUACGUUGUGACCUUGACAGGAGAAUGCUUGUCACACGUCAGGAUUAUCCUGUAGAAAUUCAGUUUGGACGCUUUCUCAUUUAUCGUCCUGGUUCUGUUCGUUUUGUUGCCUUACGUCAAGCUGCUUUACGCAGCCAAGUCAUCAUGAUAUUCAUUAGCCUUAUUCUAAUUACUAUUUUUGUUGGACUUACUGGUUUCGCUAUUUGGCGCCGUUUUAUAAGACACCAGAAAAACUAUGAAGCUAAACUGGAAGAAAAAUAUGCUGAGCAUGAAAAUCGUGUUGUUCGCAUAUUUAAAGAAGAUUUUAUGGAAUUGCAAACAAGUAUGCAGGAAUUUUCUCAAGAGGUGAAAAAGCACAAUUUACCAUAUCGAGAUUAUCGAACCUUUUGUUUAUUUUCUCUUUUCCCUGAAUAUCAUUGUGAAUUAAUGAAUCCGGUCAAUCCUCAUUCGUAUUUCCCAUUGUCAACCAAAUUUGAUACACUUAGACCUCCAGAUGAUGCACUUGUACCACAUCAUCCUCUCUUAUCACCUUUUACAGUGUAUAUUCAAGCACAUAAUGAUGCGGCGAAAGGUAUUUCUUUAUUUCAUGUUCUUUUGUGCAAUCGUCAGUUCUUAUACCUUCUAAUCAAUUUGAUUGAAAAAGAUGAGCAUAUAAUGGCUAAGGAUAAAUCGCGUAUCGCCUCUCUACUCUGCAUAGCUUUACAACCGAAAAUGGACUAUUUGACAAGUGUCAUGUUUGAUUUAAUGACGAAUGUUUUGUGUCAGCUACAUCAUGAAGGAGACAGUCACCUAGCCACUGCUUUCCGAAGAGCUGAAACGAUUGUUGACAAAAUUUUGUCAAACUGGUUAACGUUUCUGCUAUACAAGUUUAUUAAAAAUAGUGUUGGAGAAAAUUUGUUUUAUUUUUAUCGAGCUCUUCUACAGCAGAUAAACAUGGGUCCAUGUGAUGCUAUAACGGGUAAAGCUAGAUACACACUGGAUAGUUCUUCUUUGCUGCAUACUGAAUUAACUGGAAACCAGGUUAUACUCAAUGUUGAAGAUCCUCAAAGUUUAUUUGGUUUACCAACACCAUACAUUUGUGUUAAAGUGUUAGAUUGUGAUACAAUUACUCAAACUAAGGAGAAAAUUUUAGAUGCAAUCUACAAAAACAAACCGUAUUCAAAACGGAUAAAAUCUACUCAAUUAGAAUUAAGAAGACUCUAUGCGCAGACUACUCCACAAAAUCCAGACAAUGAAAUUCGUAUUGCUCAAACUUUAAGUGACUGGGAUGUUAAAAUCUGUUCAACUUCAACAGAACAUGAAACAGCACCAAGACGAUUAAAUUGUGUCAAAGAUUAUCAGCUCAAUGACUACACGCGCGUUGCAUUGGUUGCUUGUGAUUUAACUAAGUUCAGUCGCAGUCAACCUCUAUCAAAUUCUUCACAAUCAAAUGGCUUCCUACCUCAGUCGAGAGUAACAACGGAUCCAUAUUCCCCUGUGGUUGGACUAGUGCAUUCACCUACUUUAGCUCGUCCGUUACCGCCACCAGUUUCAUCGUUCAGUACUACAAAGCCAGUCAAAAUUGGUCCUGAACCACCUCCAAAGAUCAAAGACUUCACGUCAAACGUUUCUGUUGGUGUUGAGCAACGGCACCUUCCAAAAGUUCCAGUACCAUCUGAGUUGUCAUUUUGCUUCCGUCCAACUGGAGUGCCUGAUCCCAAAUUAUGGUAUCAUUUAGAAUGGACUGGAAGCUCUAAAAGUCCUGUAGACACCAAUGGAAGAGUGAGGAGACUUACUAAAUCUAAUAGAUCUCUAAACAAAAAGUCUGUUAAUAUCCAAUACUUAUUUUGUACAUGUCCACGUGAAGCUAACUAUUCACAGAUCAAUGACUUUGCAGGUGAUUUAAAAACAUGCUGUUCUUCCACAUCUGAUUCACAUGGAAAUGAACUGACGAAAAUGUGCUCAGCAUGCGUAGCACACCAUCCUCUCUUAUCGUCUUUUGGAGUAAAUGAUCCGAAAAAUCAUCAUGUCCCACCAAUAAACAGUAAAUCAAAGCCCUCAGAAAAGUGGAAAAAAUAUGAUUCUUACAAUCGCUCAAAACAUAAGAAAGAUUUCUCAGAAAUCUCCACCCUAAAGGGAGGUAAGCAUGAUUUGUGGUCGGCUGAAAUAUCAAGGAGUUUGAAUCAUUCCGUAGAAACUUUACCGAAAGAAGUAUUCUUUAAUCGUCUUUUACUAACCCGAUUGUCUGUUACGAAAUAUAUGGACAAAUUAUUCGAAGUAAUCUUUAGCAGCGUCGUACAGUCUCAUAGUUUGCCUGCUCCCAUCAAGUAUCUCUUCGACUUUUUAGACGAUCGAGCAUUCAAGUUAGGUGUACAAGAUUCAAAAAUAGUUCAUGCUUGGAAAUCUAACUGCAUACAAAUGCGUUUCUGGAAUCAAAUCAUUACAAAUUUGGACUAUAUAUUUGAUAUUUCUUUGUUGCGUAAUACAGCACUUGAACGUUCAUUUCAUUCAUUUAGUCAUGCAAUGACAUAUGCUUGUACAGCGUAUAAAGAAAAAAUUACAAAGGAUUCAUCUUUUUUAAAGCUACUUUUUGCUCCAGAUAUUUCUCAACAGUGGAAUCGAGUACACAAUUAUUAUCGUGAAAUUAAAGCUUUACCAGCUGUACAACGGGAAGCUAUGGAUGAACUCCUUCGACAGCAUUCCGUUAAUCAUUCCACAGACUUUAAUGUUUCUUGGGCGAUUUUUGAGCUUUAUACAAAGUAUGUAAGAAAUCAUCAAGAUAUGCUUAUUGCUCAUUUACAACAACAUGCUAUAAACCAGUCAUCUAGCAGUUAUAGAACAACAAGUGAACAGCCUAUACCAAGUAAUUGUAAUUCAUCUGAAAAGCCAUUCGUAUCUGCAUGUACAGAAUGGAAUCCAGUAAAAUUUAUUCAAAUGCUUAUCGAAAUUAACCAAUGUUUAAAUAAUGUGGAAACUAUCCAAGCGUCAUUUGCUCAGACUAAUGUCACUUCGUUUUCAACAAGUUUCACAACAGGUGAUAUUUACAGUGCAUGUGAUUCUAGAACUGGUAUUUUUCGACCGCAUACUAAAAAAGCUGAGAAUUUUUCUCAACCUUCUUCAGCUCCAAGUCAAACAGUAACUGAUUGUCUAGAUACUCUUCGUUCAUAUAAUACAUUGACCACUGAAUUUGCUGGAGAUGAAACAAGUCGAUCCGCUCAUCAUUACUACUAUCAUCAUCAUUAUUAUCAUAAUCAUCAUAAUGAUGGACGACAAGUGAAUACAACAACUGAACCAGCUGACUUAUCUAUUCAUUCAACAGCAGCUUUAAGUGCAAAUGAUACAUAUGCUGAAAGUGUUUCUAAAUACAAGGAUCCUUUGGCGUAAACAGUCAGUGGAUUCAGAAAUCUUUAUUCUAACUUUCUCAGUCUAUUUAUAUAUAUUGACUUGUUGUUUAUUUUGUAUGCAAGACAUUAAGCAGAAGAAUGCCCUUGUUCUCAUGAUUAUUAUCUCUAUUAUGAACUUCAGUCUGAUGACAUAUAGCUGGAUUAGGAUGCUUACUCUAUAUAUUACAUUGAGUUGUAAUCUUUUCAUAUUCUACUUCUAUGCAUUCAUUUUUACUAAUAUUACUUGAUUUUAGACUACCUAAAUAAUGUUGAACUAGAUUGUCAAACAGUUUAGUAUAGGCUACUUUAUACUAUAUAUUUAUGAGAAUAUCUCCUAUUUUCCUAUUGUAUGUAUGUGUUGUGUUCAUUUCAUGUAUCAUAAGAGGUGGAUAAAAUUUUAUUCGAUGCAUUUAUCGUUUAGUUUAAUGGAUAAUUUUCUCAUAGAAAAAAUAGCUUUGCUCAAAGUGUAGAUUAUAUAUAUUUCCCUCCGCAUUCAUUGUGGUUCUAGGAUGUGUUGAAUUUAACACCAAUAUACUUUUGGUGUUGAUGAUAAUCGUUGUUAGUUUUCUUUUUAUACAUUUUUUUUCUUUCAAACAGUCACAGUUAUUUAAUUUUAUUUUCUAGUAUACAUUGUUUCUUAUUUUCGACUGCUGUUUAUUAUUAUUAUCAGCCAAUAACUACCACAUUCUCUUCUAUUAUCAUUGCUAAAAGUCGAUUCUACUAAGUAUAAUAGCCGAGUUUUUUUUUUUAAUCUCUCUUUUCAUAUUUUUUUUUUACAGUUUAUGCAAUUCUGCUUCCUAAUGAUAAUAAAGACAAUAACAACAGAAAAACGUUUUAGAUUCGUUUUUCGUUGCCUAUUCGUUGCCUCUCACUUUCUUCCUCUUCUUAUGUAAGUGUAACUCCUGCCAUUGACCGGCUUGAUUAUCUUUUUUUUUUAAUCUUUAUCGCAUAUUCGUAAACUAUAUUCGAAAUAGUGUUGUUGUUUUGUAUAAUGUGUAACACACAAGAAGUUGAUAAUGAUCACGUCGUGUAGAUUCUACAGAGAAGAAGGUAGAAUGUCGAGCACAAAUAUAGAGGGUGAGAAUACUCACAACACACUGGGCUGACGAAAAUAAUAAGAAUGUUUGUUAGUGUGACUUAACUGUAAGGCUUUAUAUUUUUAUUGAAUAUUGGUUAUAAUUUCCAAUAAACAGCUUCCGCUGC